CGCCCCUGGGCGGGGCCUGGAUGCGGCCGGAGUCGAGCAGCUCCGGAGCCUCAGCCCUCAGCCCUCAGGCGCCGCUGUGCUGACUGGACCCGACCCGCUCGCAGCCCCGCGCGGCGCCCUGCCCCGGCCGCCGCCGCGCCCUCCCGCCGCCAGGUCCUGCCGUCCCGCCGACCGUCCGAGGGCGAACCCGUCGUCCCGCACUCGGAGUCCACGAUGGCUUCAGUGACAGAUGGUAAAACUGGAGUCAAAGAUGCCUCUGACCAGAAUUUUGACUACAUGUUUAAGCUGCUUAUCAUUGGCAACAGCAGUGUUGGCAAGACCUCCUUCCUCUUCCGCUAUGCUGAUGACACAUUCACCCCAGCCUUCGUUAGCACUGUAGGCAUCGACUUCAAGGUGAAGACCGUCUACCGUCAGGAGAAGCGAGUGAAACUACAGAUCUGGGACACAGCUGGGCAGGAGCGGUACCGGACCAUCACAACAGCCUAUUACCGUGGAGCCAUGGGCUUCAUUCUGAUGUAUGACAUCACCAAUGAGGAGUCCUUCAAUGCUGUCCAAGACUGGGCUACUCAGAUCAAGACCUACUCCUGGGACAAUGCACAAGUUAUUCUGGUGGGGAACAAGUGUGACAUGGAGGAAGAGAGGGUUGUUCCCACUGAGAAGGGCCGGCUUCUCGCAGAGCAGCUUGGGUUUGAUUUCUUUGAAGCCAGUGCAAAGGAGAACAUCAGUGUAAGGCAGGCCUUCGAGCGCCUGGUGGAUGCCAUUUGCGACAAGAUGUCUGAUUCAAUGGACACAGACCCCUCGAUGCUGGGCUCCUCCAAGAACACGCGUCUCUCGGACACCCCGCCGCUGCUGCAGCAGAACUGCUCAUGCUAGGCAAGGCCCACCUUCCUGACCUCCCAUCCUUGUGGCCCCACACCCAGUCUGCUUCUCUCUGUUACACAUUGUCCACUCUCAGCCCUGAGCAAGAUGAAUUGCUGCUAUUCUUUGCCUGCCCCUGGGGUUCUCUGCAGAUGGUCCCAGUAAUAGAUACUCAGCACUAGACUAACAGAACAGGUCACUACACAGGUGGAGAUUCACUUUACAAAAGAAGACUCUGUUUUAGAAAGGGGAUUCACUACAGGGACUUAGCAGUCUCUUCUCUGCUUUUAAAAUAAGAGUUCCUCCGUUUAUCAAGAUUUGACACACACACACUCUUCAGGGGCAGGCCAGUUGUGUAAAGUGAGGCUUGCCUACAUAGCUAAUCCUAUUAAAGAUAACUUCCCAAAGCACAGCAUGCUUGUUUCAUAUUGGGCUCCCUGCGGGGCUUUCACUCACUACAAGUAAAGCUUGGGCUCUCAAAGACCUGUGCCUGUUACCACAGAUGCCCACAGGGCCUGGGCAGUUGCUGUGGUGACAGGCAGAGCUAUUCUUCAGAGAGCUCAGACUCUCUAAUGAUGCUGAUGGAGCAAAGGCUGAGUCAGAAACACACUUAAGAGAAAAAGAUUAUCCCCUGCAAAAUGUCAGAAGUUCCUGUUAUAUGAAAGAGCAGGCAAGUAAGCUUAAGAAAGACAAAGAGAAAGAGAAAAAGAAAAAGAGAAACACAGGCAAGGUCAAGAAACAGAUUGCUGCUUUUCCAGUGGGUUCUUAACUGUGGGAACUUAGUGAAAUUGGUUAUUGAUUCUUAGACUCCUAGAACCUGAGGAUUUUAGAGUUGAUGGGAUUCCCAAAUUUACCUAGUCUGAUGUAGUCAAUUCUAACUUUCCUUUUUCUGAUAAGUGACUGUCAAGCCUAACAAUCAAAUCUCUUUCUUCUACAGCACACCUUGUAGGCAGGGACAGGAGCUCAUUUUCCACACCAUCUUGGUCAACUCUCAUAGAAUGUUUUCCUUCCUGCAAGCUCAAAUCUGUCUCCUGGAAACUCUUCUUCUUCCCACCCUAUUGGUACCAGUUCUGCUGUUAGAGACUUCACAGUCUCUGCGCCCUCUGCCCUGUGACACCCUCAGACUACUUGAGAACAGGAAUCAUGACUCCUGGGAUUCGCCUUUUCUCUAGGUCAAAUACCUCUGUAAUUCCACCUGCUGUUCUCCAUAGGGUCUUCUCUCCAUCCUGCCCCUUUCCUCCAAUCUAUCUUUUAAUUGCUUCUGAGCAGUCUAAUUGAGAAGUACAAUUCAAAGAAAAAUAAAUCUAAGGUAGCAUGACCCUGAAAAAAUUGAGAAAAUUGAACUCAGAGGUCCUGAUCCCAACCCCGUUCUCCUGGGGGUGAAACCUUAGCUUUUACCAGAGAGCAUGGCAAACCACUUCUGGUGGAAGCCCCUUAAUUAAACACCUGAGGAAAAAAAAGAAAUUCAGAGACCA